UCACAGUCAACUUGUUUGAUGCCACCUCCCUGACGAAGCGUGUGUCAUAACGAACGGGCGGCAAAAACAGUCGGUAGACUAGUCAAAUUGUUUGAUCCCGCCUCCCUUAAGAAGCGUGUGUCGUAACGAACAGGCGGCACAAACAGUCGGUAGACUAGUCAAAUUGUUUGCUGCCGCUUCCCUUAAGAAGCAUACGUCAUGGCGAAUGGGCGAGGCAUAAUGUACAUUUAGCAUACAUUGAUUCUUUCAGAUCGUAGCACGGGAUCGUCAGGGCCCUCCCUUAAAGAUAUGUCUUAGUGGAAUCGAUCGGGUUCUGUGGAGAGUGACCGCAGCACCUCAUCCAGGUCAGCCAUGGCUAUAAUUGCGGUUCCCCCUCCCUGCUCCAGUCGGUCAGUUUGCGGUCGAUUGGAGCGGCGCUUUGGAACCGCGGUCUGGCAUCCUCAACAGUAUGCAGCUCGGCAUCGCUGCAUUGCCACUCCUGAGCUGGGUUUCUACUGUGAUAGGAUCGCUGAGACCUGGAAUAGCAGACGCCGACAGGAGGAGCAGAAUCUGGUCCACUUGGUGCCAAGACUGAUCCGGAAAUCAAUGCGUGCCAGUUUAUUUGAUGGCAGUUCACAAUCACUUGAACAACUGAAAGUGCAUCGUUAUCGCAGCUGUUGCAUUCGAUGGUGUCGUGGAGAACACCGAAAGGGAUCUCUUUCACUGUGCACCUGCUGCAAGGCUGCGUUGUACUCCUCUCUUACCACAUCCUUCAUGUCUUGUAUUAUACGUGCCUCGACUCUUGCUAACAAAGUGUCUGCCUCUUCUCGGCGGGAAGCAUCAGUCAGCUUCCAAGGGGACUCUCCCUCGCUUUCUAUGGGACAGUCAGGUUGUGCGGGUUCCGCUGACUCUGUGCCCAAAGCAUGUAUCCUUCCCUCUGACUUGCCAACCUCUCUCUCUCCCACAUGUUCUCGUCAUUCUCCUCAUUCUCCACCCUGCUCCACUAACCAAGCAGGCGAGAGCAUCCUUUGUAGGGAUCCACUACGAUCGGAUGGAAAACCUUUGCUUCUCUCUGUGAUAGCAUCAGUGGUGAUGCUCCUAACGAUAGGGUUGCAACCGACAGGAGCAGGAGCUGUACCGGAGCCAGAGGACCAGGCCCGUCUUGGAUUUCCUUGUGAAUUAGCCUCACCUGCCACUCUCGUGCAUCCCGACAGCAUGCAUGUCCUUUCCGACUGUACGUCUAGUCGCCAAUCGCCUGCUCUAGUAGGGACUCGGGGUCAUGAAGCCCCUGGUGUACUACUACUAGGCAGCAAGGGCGCAUCUUUUCUUGGACACCUCAAAGCCCCUCCCCUCAUUUCGAUGAACAGGCUUACACAAGAUACCGAUGGUCAAGACGUGAUCGUGGAGGUCGCGGAUGCAGGCGGCAUCUCUCCUGCUCCUGGUUCCGAGCCCUCCUCGCCACCUUCUGAGCAGGGGACCGCGGUUCAAACCCAUUCGAACAUGCCUUCGGAGGGUGACACGUUUCCUGCUCCAGCGUCACCAGAAUUUGUGGUUUUGGAAGUCUGGAAGCUCGUCGACGAAAGCUUCUUGGACGCGCGGCACAAAGGUUGGGAUGCUGAUAAAUGGGAGCAUCAAGAUGUGUUGAAACGGCCGAUCCGAAGCAAAACUGCUGCUUAUAACACGAUAAAAAACAUGCUCGGGAGCCUUAACGACCCCUACACGAGAUUCCUGUCACCCGAUCAGUUUGCGCAGCUAUCUAAGUAUGAUAUCACCGGAAUCGGACUAAACAUCGGGGAAGAUGCCGAUCCGAGCAGUGGACGAACUGUCAUUAAGGUCAUCGGGCUGGUGAUCGGGAGUCCAGCAGAGGUAGCAGGUGUGCAGCAGGGAGAUGAGCUGCUGUCUGUUAACGAGGAGAGGGUGGAAGGACGCUCCGCCUUCGAAGCUGCCUCACUUAUUCAGGGGCCAAAGGGCUCGCUUGUAACGUUGACCCUACGAAGCCCAGGAGCCGGCGCUACCAGGCAGGUAGUCGUAAAAAGACAGGGAGAAGUCACAUCCCCAGUUCAGUACAAGUUAGCGAAGAUGUCGGGUGAGGACGUAGGGUACAUUCGCAUCGGCGAAUUCAAUGCUUUGGCUCUGCAAGAUCUAAUGAUAGCCAUGCAGAGGCUUGAGGCAAAAGGCGCGAAGUCGUACAUAUUAGACCUGCAAGACAACCCAGGGGGGCUGGUUCAGGCGGGCAUCGAAGUCGCGAAGCUGUUUCUGGAGCCGGAAUCUGUAGUCGUUCACACCGUCGGCAGAGAUCCGUCAUCGUUCAAAAGCGUGGUGACGAAACAACCUGCGUUCAGCAAAGCGCCCUUAAUGCUCAUGGUGAAUAGCCGCACAGCAAGUGCGAGCGAGAUCGUGGCGGCAGCCCUGCAUGAUAACUGUCGGGCCGUGUUGAUUGGUCGACGGACGUACGGGAAGGGGUUGAUACAAUCGGUCUACGAGCUUAGCGAUGGGUCAGGCGUCGUCCUGACGGUUGGAAAGUACGUGACCCCUUCGCGAAAUGACAUAGAUGGGAAUGGGAUCGAGCCAGACUUCCGGAACACGCCAAGCUUUGCAGAAGCGAUGGAUCAUCUCACGCAGUGCAGAUCUUCGGGAAAAGGAGCACAGAGUGCUGGCGUGGGCAAACCGAAGGAGAAAGUCGCUGCUGCUCUUCAAUUGCCCGCUCCCCUCCUUUAGAAAACUUUUGUGCAUUGACUUGCCUUGCAACUCUCUCCUUGAAAUGAUUAUUUAUUCCCGCUGUGGCCCCCUUGAAUCCUCCCUCCUCCAAAAUGAUUAUUUAUUCCCGCUCUGCCCCCUUUGAAUCCUCCCUCCCUCCCUCCCUCCCUCCCUCUCUCUCUCUCUCUCUCUCUCUCUCUCUCUCUCUCUCUCUCUCUCUUAUAGCAAACAAAGGGAGAAGAGACUAUGCAGGCUUAGCUGUCAGGAGACCACACAUAUUGCUUAGUGUCACGAGUCAUGACAAAAGGCAAUGUUCGCUAAGGACAUCCGCACCAUAGUGAAAAAAGGAGAGGGAUGUGGCGCUUCCCCCGCUCCCCCCCCCCCCCAACAAAAAAAAAAGAAAAAAAAGAAAAGGAGAGAGGGAAAAAAAAGGACUGUCGAGCCAUGUUGAGUAAAUCUGACCGAAGUUG